AUGAUGAAAGCAAGUACAACGAAAACUCCUUCCCGUUUAUCGAUAAUAAAAGAUCAUCUAAUUCACCUUAAUUCAAAUUCUUUAUCAAAAUUUGAAUUCUUAUCACCUGAUAAUUAUGGUCUAGAGCCGAUUUUAUCGGUACACUCAAAAGAUUACGUGGAAUAUCUUCAAACUGCCUAUCAAGAAUGGGUAAAGGACGGUGGUAAUGAGGAUGGUGUAUUGCCUGAAGCUUUCCCUCACCGUAAUCUAUCGUCAGUGAAAUUACAAAAUAUAAAAAUUACAUCCUCGGUUGCGAAAGCUGGGUUAUACUGUUUCGAUAUGUCUUGUUGUAUAACUGAAAUCUAUGAAUCUGCACAAGUUGUAAUAAGCGCAACGAUGGAACUCAAAAGGAUCGUUGAAGAAUCGACAUCAGAUGAAUCAAAUCUCGUUCCAAGCGUCUUUGCUCUGUGUCGACCACCGGGGCAUCACGCAAAUUCAAAUUUGUGCGCUGGUUAUUGUUUUCUAAAUAAUGUUGCGAUAUCAGCUCAACUCCUUGUAAAAGCAAAUAAAAAAGUUGUUAUACUAGAUAUUGAUUAUCAUCAUGGAAAUGGAACACAGGACAUAUUUUAUUCCAAUUCGAAUCCAUUGUAUAUAUCAUUGCAUGGAUCGCCUGAUUAUCCUUGGUUCACCGGUGAUGAGUCAGAGAAAGGUGAAGGCGAAGGUGAAGGGUUUAAUAUUAAUAUACCAUUGCCCAAGACGACUGUUGAUGAUGAAUAUUUGAAGAUCUUGAAAAGAGUUAUUGAUGAGAACAUAAGGUCUUUUAACGCGGAUUAUUUAAUUGUUUCUCUGGGUGUUGAUACAUAUAAAGAGGAUCCAAUCGCAGGAUUACAAAUUACUUCGGGAGGAUAUGAAAGGGUAGGAGAAUUAAUCAAAUCUAUAAAAUUACCCACUUUAUUUGUAAUGGAGGGUGGUUAUCAUUUAGAAACCAUUGGAAUCAAUGUUGGAAAUAUCUUGUUGGGAUUCACGUAA